AUGAUGUAUUCCCUCCGUCAGGCUUUUGUUGUCUCUGCUUGUGUCGCUUUGGCUAGCGGCCAAAACAUCAUUAGUGCUCAAGGUGCCAAGAGCAGCAACACCAGCACUGGUCUUCAAGUCGACUUGACCGACCCCAAUGACUUCAACAUCAUCAGGACGGCCGAAAUCUCCUCAAACGUUGUGAACCAGUGCGGCCGGACCGUCGCCGGAGGCAACAUCGAUGUCGGCGCCAAGACCGAGGAUGCCCUCGCCAACGGCGCCGUCACCACCGUCACCAAGGGCAGCAGCGUCAAGGUGACCAUGAGCGUCAACAGCACGACCGACACCAACUUUUCGUGCGACCUCGACCCCCAGGGCAACGUUGCCGGUGCCACUGGCCAGACGGCUCUGACCCAAAAGACUGCCAACACUUCCAAGAACAGCAAGAACAACAAGAACACCAACAGGAAGCUUGUUGUCAGGCAGCCGCUGUUUGCUAGAGCCAAGAACUCCAACAGCGCCAACACCAUGACUCUAACUGUCGACAUGCCCGAUGACCUGGCAUGUAUUGGUGCUUCUGCCGGUAACGUCUGUACCGUGCGCUGCAUCAACGCCGAUGAAGUCGGCGGCUGCUUCGCCGUCCAGCAGACCGACACCACUGCCCUGCCCGGCGACAACGACCCCAGCAACAUUGCCACCACGGCCAAGGACGAGGCGGCCAACCAGGCCCAGAUUGACCAGAACAACAAGGACAUUGACGCGGCCAAGUCGGCCAUUGCCGGCUCCAGCGCCGACGCCCUGACCGACGAGGGUGCCCAAAACGCCGCCGUCGCCUCGGCCAUUAUCGCCGCCGACCCCUCUGUUACUGUGGCCGCUGCCGCCGCCACCAGCUCUGCCGCCUCGAAAAAGUCGGGCAAGGCUAACAAGAACAACAAGAACAACAAGAAGCGCGAUCUCCCCAUUGACCAGAGGUUGUCCAGCAGACGCUCUUACGAGCUGCUCUCGGACGAGUAA